AGAGUUCCGGACAUCAUGGGGCUGGUUUACUCUCAGCCUGCGUGCCGAUGGGCGUCCUCUGGAGACGUGCAGCGCCUCUACUCGGCUCUCAGAGAUGACUCCGCCCAGCUCAACGUCCAGGAGCCAAUCAGCGGAGACACGCCCCUCAUCGCAGCCUGUCGCCGCGGCAACCUGAGGGUCGUGGAGUAUCUGCUCGACAACGGGGCGGACGCCCAGCUGACCAAUCAGAAACAGAGGACUUGUCUUCAUUACGUCUCCAAGAGGACGUUCUCUCUGAUCGAUUACCUGCUGAUCGCCAUCCUGAUGCCCAUCCUGCUGCUCGGAUACUUCCUCCUGUUGCAGAAGCAGAGGAAGAGUGUGUCUCUGAUGGAGGCGGUACUGAGCAGCGACGUCAACAUUGAUGCUGUCGACUACAAGGGGAACACGGCCCUGCAUUACGUCUGUCUGAGGAAGAGUCAGAUCCUGGUUCCUCUGCUGCUGGAGAGACACGCUGACACCAACAUCCAGAACAACGACGGAGAAACCCGCGCUGGACGUCUCCAGCAGACUGAAGUUCAGGAGGAUCGUGAACUUGCUGAAGAAGGAGCGCUAACUACUACUCACUAACCCUAACCCCCAUGCCCCGCCCCCCGCCCGGGAAAACACAACUUAACACUUCUUAACAUUUAACAACCUAUGAAUGUGUCAUACCCACUUAACGGGAAGACACUCAGCUACCUGACGAUAUGAACCAUUUGUAGCUGAACGAAACACAACUCUAACGCCGAGCGUCUGAAUCACGGCAGCGAAGGCGAGAUAAGACAACACACAACGUAGCUCUACGGAAAACAGCUGUUUCUGAUCAAAAGUCGUGUUCAAUGAAACGCAUAGAAAGCUGCUGAAGGUCACUUUGAAAUGAUCUCUGAUGAUCCAGCGCGUGAGAGCAUUCUGGCUACGCAUCACUCUAUUCACCAAUGGGUCAUGUUUGGAUGGAUUUGAGGGACUUCCCCUCGAUUCUAUUGGCUGGUUCAAAAGAGAUGUCAAUCAUCAACAUCGACGAUGGGUUCCAGAGAAACGGAAAAUGCACAGGUUUAUCAUUGCUUUGAGAAAAAAGAUGAUCCUUUUAGAAGUGAAGUCAUUUGUUCUUAAAUCUGUUUGUAGAUAAGAUGUAACAUACAGAUCAAUUUAUACAUUUCAAAUUCUCUUAAAUAAUUAAAUAAAACGUGUAAAGAGUG